AUGGAUCCACGGCAUCUUUGGGUCCAAUCACUUCAACGAGGACUCGAAUUGGAAUUAAACGGGGCUCUAAAUGAGGCUGAAGAUGCUUCCCGAGCGGCAAAAGAAAAUAACCGAAUCUUGACAGGAGUGGCUAAUUGGUUGGAUAGGAGGGCUGAAUUGCAAAGGGCGGCUGCUGAAAUUGAUAGAAGACGGCGGUUGGAACAUGCAAAAGUCCAUACUGAAUGGAAAGGAAAAUUUUCUGAAUUGGAAAAAGAAAUGCGCGAAAAACAAACAGCUCUCGAACAAGAAUUUCAUAAUCGAAUAGAUUCAUUAGAAGAAUGGCGUAGAAUUGAAGAUUUAAAUGUUGAAAGAGAAUGGAAUCAAAAACGGUCAGCCUUGGAGUCUUCCGAAUUAAUUAGUGCACAAUUAUUGAACAAUAAAGAAAGGGAAAUUCCAAAAAUUGAGGAGGUAAAGGAAGAAAUAAAAGAAGAAAAAUAA